GUUCAUGAAUGAAAGAAAAUGAUAUAUUUCAAGUCGUAAGAUGAAACAAAUUGCUAAAGAUAUACUUCGAUUGCACAAAAAUUAGUUUAUAGAUAUAUAUUGCAGCUUAAAGACAUCAUGAGUGAACUUACGCCCGACGAAAUAAGGAGAAGACGUUUGGCAAGGUUAGGUAGCCAACCUAAUCCAUCAACACAAGAUGGUGCCUCACGAUCUCAAGGACAGCCCCAAACCUUAAGUCUGAGUCCAGGAGCCAGUGGUGGAAGUCCAGGUGUAUCUAUGGAAACUCAGCCUACCAGGACUCCACCUAGUAGCUUGAACGUUGAUCCAGUCACUCCAAGCAUGGAUAUGGACUCUGAAUGUUCUGAGAAAAAUUUUCAAUCCCAAAUGGAUGUCGAUUCUGGCAUAGAAAAUCCCAUGGAAGUAGAUGAUACAGAGAUGAAAUAUGAUGUUAAAAGGAAAAGGGACACCAGCAUUGGAUCAGAAGCUACCAAAGAUCAAAUGUUAUCAGCUGUCAGUCGGACCUUCUUGGUUUCAUGGAAGGAGGCAAAUCCAGAGACAUUACAUAUCCCUGACAUUAGCUGUUGUGUGGAGGAAAGUGAUGACAUUGAUUACAAAGAUUUUGUCAACAACACUCUGAUGGAGGUCCUUCUGAAGAUAAAAGACAGUAAAGACAAUCCUGUACUAAAACUCCGCCCACCUGUAGAAUCCUCUGUGUCUCCUCGCAAACAUGGCUCUAGUCCUAAAGGAGCUUUGAAGUUGGGUGCAGCUCCACUCCCAAAAAGAGAGUUCUCUCCCAAAUACCCGUCCGAGAAAAUUAAGGAGGUGGACAUGAUCAACUACCUUCUUGACUGCUAUGAGCGGGCUGGUAUAGAGGAAAGAACAGCUCCAAUAAAAGCCAGUAUCCCACCAAUGAGUGUGAUGUUAUCGACAACAAGGAGCCAGUGUGUACGUCAUACAGUGCUUGUUCUUCAGGGAGUCCUCACUCAACCCAGAUCUAUAGGCGGAAUGUCCAUACUCCUGCCCUACCUUCUUUCACACAAUCUGCCACGAGGUUUCCUGUCCGAGCUGGUUCAGACAACCUACCAUGACAAAAAUACAUUCAAUACGGUGUUUGUCCCUGUGAUACAGAGUUUGACAAGGUUGAUACAGACCUUAUCUCUAGAUAAUGAUGACUAUCGAGAUCCACUUACAGUGCUGUCAGAGUUAUGUGAAGUGAAAAGUGGCAACUCGAGGCCAAUUUGUUCUCUGAUUGUCCAGCAGUGUAAUUGGAUUCCAGAGACACUCUCCCAAGCCUCAGGCAUGGAGUUAGAGAAACUGUCCCUGUUGGGACCAUUCUUAGGCUUGUCUGUGUUCGCUGAGGAUAAUACCAAGGUCGUUGAGAAGUACUUUUCAGGACAUCAACUCACACCAGAAAACACAAGACUAAUUCACCAAUCAUUACAACAUGGAAUGGAGUAUGUGCGGAGUGAACUAUUUAAAGUCUUUCACAACAUCCUCCUCAAUUCAGAGAGCAGGGAUGCUGCUCUUAACUUCAUAGCUACAGCUUUAAUGAGAAAUCUCAAGAAAUCACAAAUCCAGGUUGAUGAACGACUGGUAUCUGGAGAUGGAUUUAUGUUGAACCUACUGUAUAUUCUUCAGAAACUAUCAAAGAAAAUAAAUUUAGAUAAAGUUGAUGUUUACUAUUUAUUUCAUCCCAAUGCCAGAGUUAGUAUAAAAUCAGAGACAAGACUGCGAUCACUUCCAGAUGAUGCUGACAAAUGGGCACUUAGUCUUAAAUCUCAAAAGAACCCACCAUGGCAAGAACCAAAAUUUCCAACAGAAUGUUUCUUUCUCACGCUCCAUUGUCACCAUCUCUCCAUCAUACCAGUCUCCCGUCGCUAUCAGAGACGUCUUCGUGCAAUAAGAGAUCUCAAUCGCAUGGUAGAGGAGAUGGAAGCAGCUGAACCUCAGUGGUCUGUCCUCCCUAACGCCUCAAGAAAUAAAGAGCUCCUCAAGAAAUGGAGAUCCCAGGCCCAGAGACUACAAAAGAGCAAGCUGUGUGCUGAUGCAGCCGUACUGGAUGAAAGUCUACUGAUGCACUGCCUGGAGUUCUACAGUACACUGGCAGAUUAUAUACUUAAAGCCAUGGAUCCAAAAAACAGGGGAAUGACAUUGCCACUACCAGACGACAUUCCAAUGCAGUUCUCAGCACUUCCAGAUUUCUAUCUGGAGGACAUAGCAGAUUUCCUUCUCUUUGCACUUCAGUUCGUGCCACAGAUAUUUGAUGAUCCAUGCUCGGAGCGCAUCAUACACGUAUUGGUGGUAUUGAUCUGUAGUAGCACUCGUUACAUCAACAACCCUUACCUUACUGCCAAGCUUGUUGAAGUCAUAUUCGUUAUGAAUCCAGCCAUACAGCAACAGACAGUGAACCUCCAUACUAGACUCCUGAUGCACCCGCUAGCUCUCCAGCAUCUAGUGCCUGCUCUCAUGACCUUUUAUACAGAAAUUGAGACAACAGGGGCAAGCAGUGAGUUUUAUGACAAGUUUACAAUUCGUUAUCAUCUCAGCAUCAUUUUCAAGGCCAUGUGGAGCAUUCCAAAUCAUCAGCAGAGAAUGAUUGAUGAGGCGAGGAAUGGCAAACACUUCGUGAAGUUUGUGAACAUGUUGAUGAACGAUACAACAUUCCUGUUGGACGAGAGUAUGGACUGUUUAAAGAGGAUCCAUGAAGUCCAGGAGGACAUGGAAAAUGCAGUGGAAUGGGCCAAACAACCCAAAGAGGAGCAGCAAUCUCGGCAGCGUCAGUUAGCCAUGGAUGAAAGGCAGUGUCGAUCCUAUCUUACACUGGCUACAGAAACAGUAGACAUGUUUCAUUAUCUGACAAAGAAAAUCAAAGAACCAUUCCUCACUCUGGAACUAGCUGACCGGUUAGCUGCUAUGCUGAAUUUCAACCUUCAGCAGCUGUGUGGAUCAAAGUGUAAAAACCUUAAAGUUAAGAAUCCAGACAAGUAUGGCUGGGUACCAAGGAAGUUACUAAACACUCUUACAGACAUCUAUCUCCACCUAGACUGUGAGGCCUUCGCCAAAGCUAUAGCAGAUGAUGAGAGGUCAUAUCGUAAGGAACUGUUCGAUGAUGCCAUUGCUCGUAUGACACGAGCCAACAUUAAAACUCAUAAUGAGAUUGAGAGAUUCAGGUCAUUGCAGAGUAAAGUUGAAAAACUAGUCCAGAAAAAGAGAGAGGCUGAAAUUGAUUAUGGUGAAAUACCAGAUGAAUUCAAGGAUCCACUAAUGGACACACUGAUGGUUGACCCUGUGAUAUUACCAAGCGGUGCCAUAAUGGAGCGAGGAAUCAUUAUGAGACAUCUCCUCAACUCUCAGACUGAUCCCUUCAACCGUCAGCCACUUACUGAAGAACAACUUCUGCCUGCCACAGAAAUGAAAGAAAAAAUCACCAAAUGGACUCAACAAAGAAGGCCUUAGUGAUAAUCAUAUCUUAGACCUCCUGUUGGCCACUACAGACAGAACCUCAGGAAACGUCGUACAACAUAACAUCUCACCCAUAUCUCGAGGGCAGAGUGACCUGUAGAAACAUUAGCCUGGUGACCAUUAGGCAAAUUCAUAUGAUAUGUAAAGUCAUAUUAUCUAUAGGCAAAGUCAUGUGAUGUGUUAAGUCAUGUGAUCUCUUGGCAAAGCCAUGUGAUCUGUUUGUAGGACAUGUGACUUGAGUAGGAUAUGGAAUGUGUUGUGUAAAUUGUUUUGUGAUCAUGAUGUAUGAGAUUUCUGUACAGAGACCUUAACACUAGACUAAAAUUAGCCAUGACAUUAACAGAUCAGAAUUUUAACAAAACCAUCGCUUCAUUUUGUUGGUAAGUAUGUUGAUAUGAUUUUCUCUAAAUUUCUUUGCACCUCUCAUUACACAUGUGGAUCAAACUUUGAAUCACCUUGAAUUGUAAGAUUUAGACUGUCUAAGUUAUCCAUGUGUUUUUUGAGAGAAGUGAUCAAGGAAAAUUAAUGCUUCUUCUUGUGGCAAAUUACAUGCAAAAUUUACACUUUGAAAGUUAUUGAACUAAAGUAUUACACAACUGGCAUUCUUAGAACACUUCAAGGAACAAAUAAUCUUAAUAUCUUUUCUGUAUAAAGCUUGGGAGGUAUAAUGAUUUUUAUUGUCCUCUCAGUUUGUUUGCAAUAUUGGUUUAAGUUUAUCAUAGCCCAAACUUUCAAAUUGUAUUUUGUGUUUACACUUUGUGUUAGGCAUUUUCACAUAGUUUUUUGUUUUGUUUUUUGUAUUUCUUUUUUCUUUUCCCACACAAAAUAUUUAUCAUAAGAGUUAUCUCCCUCUUUGUAUUAUACAUAUAUUUUUUUCCUUGGAGUAAUGUCCCCUUCCAUCAUAGCUUAGCUGUACAGUUUGUUGAUACUUGUUCUCCAACAAUCAGGUCUUUGUGUAUAAUAUGAAAGUGACUGCCCUUUUAUAAAAGCAGUAACAACUCUGCUUGCACUAUUGAUACAGAACCUAAUGACGUGUGUUUAAAAUCCAAAAACAAGAACAAAACUAAACUGGGUCUUUAGUUUGUCUCUCUUGUUACUUUUGUAUCUGAUUUCGACUUUAUGCAUCUAUGUUAUAAUAGAUGUUUUGGUUCAACCAUAGGCCAAACCUAUAUUGUGAAAUGCAAUUUAAAAAUAAAAAUAGAAAACAAAACAAAAAAUUCUAACACACAUUUUUGCUGGCUUCCAAUAUAUCAUAUUCUGAAUUUGUGAUGAACUGAAUUAUACUUACGAUUUUGAUGAAGAUUGACUGAAAAUACUGAUACUUGACAAUUGUAGGCUGUUAUAAGCUUUAUAGGUGUUGUAUGUCAGCUGACAACCAGUGUGGAGGACUGUUGUCAUGGGGACAACUGAUGUGAGAGGUAUGUUGUCAGGACAACAACUGAUGUGAAAGAUGUGUUGUCAGGGUGACAACUGAUGUGAGAGAUGUAUUGUCAGGGCGACAACUGAUGUGAAAGAUAUGUUGUCAGGGCGACAACUUAUUUGAGAGGUAUGUUGUCAGGGUGACAAGCAAUGUGAUAGGUAUAUUGUCAGAUUUCACAAUCAAUGUGUUCCUUACUAUUUAAUGUGUAAAACACCUGACUAUUUCAUAUGUUGUUGACAUUAGUUUUAUAUUAAUUAAAUUUUGUUAAUCAAAUGUAUAACAGCAUCAAUCAUUUCAGACAGUUGAUAUAUAUAUAUGAGUGUGUGUAUGAGGACUCCACGUCAGCUGUAUUUCUGAGUGAUACCAGAUUUGAUUUGGGGCUUUAUGAUCCAAUCACUUUAUUUGUCAUGGAAUAAUUCAUUUUCAAGAAAAGUUUUGGGUGUUUAUCUGUCACCUUCUGUUUAGGAAGCACUUAAUCCAAACUCUGAUUUAUGGGAUUUCUGUGAGUGAAAACUUAUCAAAGUUUGACCUUUUUCGUGAUAUUGUGCCAGUUACAUAUGUAUAUACUUAAAGAUCUGUCGAUAGAUAUUUAAUUUCAGAAAUUGUUGCAUUUAUUUUUUAUUUCUUUAUUAAGGAUUAAAACCAAAACUUUUCCAUCGGUCCUUUAUCUUGACAGGUGGUUGUUUUCUGGAAAAAAAUAGAUUUUGUUGAUGGUAAUUGACAUUAUGUGCAUUUCUCAGGUUUGUGCCCCAUCACCAAAGGGUCAAGGGUGAAGUUAUAUUAAUCUUUUAUAUCACCAAUAAGAUCAUUUUCUGAUAAAUGUCAUUUCUUUUAAUUUUUUCCACAACAUGCCCAUAGACAAGCAAUCUUUAUCAUGACAGAGAUCUUAAUCUGUUUCUUUAUUGAAGUCCUGAGUUUAUCUUUCAAUGUAUAUAAAACAACAGGCUAAAAGUUAGCCAUCUUGGAUUUUGAUGGUUAAAGUUUGACUUAACUAUUUCUUAGAGAGUACUUGAUGGAUCAAUAUCAAAUUCCUUGUCUCUGUUCAUGCUGCAUUGGUCCCUAGCUGUGCAUUUUGGAUUUUGAGACUGAUUAGCAAUUCAAAAUGGCUGGUAGGUGGCUAUAUUGGAUCUUGUCUCAUGAAAAUAAUUAUUACUUAUACCUGAGAUGUUUCUCAAAUUUUGUUUUUGCUCUUCUUAAUUGAGACUGCCAAUCAUUUCUACUUGGUCAGGGCAUUAUUGGACUAAGGGACAGUGUUGUGUGUUCCAAAGGGCAUGUAGAAGUAUGUAUGUACAACGUAUUUGAAAGAGGCUUUCAUUAUGUCUUGGGGAAUUUUUAGGAUCUUUAGAGUGAAACAAGGUUGUGCACACAUAAACCAAAAGUAUUAUCCAAAUUUUUCGCAGAUAUAUGGUUAUAUAGAUUUUUAUGUCAAUCUGUCAAUCAACUCCUUGACUUCAAAAGAAUUACAAAUAUAGUGUUCUUCUAUUGGACUUAUAGUUUUCUUGAUAGAUCUAAGUGAAGUUUCGGAAAAAAUCUCCUGGCCUUCAUUCGAUAUUACAGGGCUCACAUUUGUGUAUGAAAUAGAUGUUAGAAAAGUACCUACAUGAAGUUGAUUGGUAAGAAUUUAUUUGUUUUUGACCAUUUCGUACAGUCCCAUGACUAUUAUCCAGGGCAGAUCUACCAGAGAUUUGAGGAACAAGUUUAAGAUUUAAUUUCUAGCCUAUGAUAAAUAUUAUGAAUUUGACCUUCAGCACUAUUACAGUCCAAGGUGAAAUUUUGUUUUUGAAUUGGAGGUAGAUAUUGUCCUCUUUUCCAUAAAAGAUACAACGAGAAUAUCAUACAAUACUAAGUGUUUGUAGGUGUAAAGUUUUCCACCUGCCACAUGGUUGAUCAUUUGACUUGCUCGUUUUGGCACGAUUUUUCCUCUACUACAAAUUUACUACAGCAUGACUUGAAUGUUCCACACACAAAGAGAUCUUAUUUAUCUGUUUUUUUCCAACAGAUAUUUCAAAAAGGGUAACAACAGAAUUAGUUUUUAAAAAUUACUUUAAUCAGCCAUUUCAUUUGAUUAUCUCCUGAUUUUUGAGAGUUUCUUAAUGUAAAUUUUGGUUGGUGAUGUAAAGAACACUGAAAAGGAGUGUAGUUUUUUUACUCUCGUUCAUUAAAUUCUCACUUUUCUGCAUUUUGGACUUACAGGAUAUUCAUUAUAUUGUAAGCCAGGAGCUUGAAGUAUGAAAGUUGUUCAUCAAAAAGUUAAAUUAAGUAAAAAUUCGUUUAUUUAUUGUAUUUAUUUUCAGAUGGUGUAUACAAUACUGAAAAUAACAUUGUGAUAAUUGAAGUUGUAGGAGCAUUUGAUAAGAAAAUAGCUAUCAUUUGAAGUCUUCGACACCGUAAUGAUUUUCAAUACAAAGUUGAAAUGUGAUAUAGUAAUAUCUUUGAAAAUAAGAUUAUGUCCAUGUGUGCUGUAAUGAGAAAAUAAGUAGAAGUAUAGGAUAUAGUUAAAAAAAGCUAUGAAUUAGAUGUUUCUGUAUGUUGUGUGGUGCCAAGCACAUUGAGAGGUUUUGUGAAUGAGUUUCGUCAGCACACUGUUUUUAUUGUAUCUGAAAGCCAUGGGUGUUUAAAAAAAAAUGUAGGUACAUUGUGUAUGUGCUAAAUUUUUAAAAAGUGCAAAUAAAAAUUGAUUUAAAUUUGAUGUAAAUUACAAUGAUUUCCCUAAUUAGCUAGUUAUGAUCAAAUGAAAUGUUGAAUUAUGAAAUUGAUGCAAUUAACAACAGUGAUGAGAAAAAACAAGUGUCCUGGAAAUCUGUAACUGUAUGGAAGAAAAUUAUCAUUUAUUUGUUGAAUUUGUUUUGUAGUGUGUAGAUGUUGAUUGUGGGUAGAAUAAAAGAUAAAGAAAUUUUAAGCUUAUUAAAAGUUCUUUCUGCCAGUUUCCAGCAUUGUUACAUAUUGCCAUCUCUUCAUUUAUUACAUGAAGAUAAGAAGGAUUGUUGAAGAAAGAUUUUGGGUCAAGGGAGAAAGAAACAAUUGUUGUAUUUUGACCAGAAAGUGACUUGGUUCUUCUGAAGGUUUAGCAGACUCAGUAUUUUUUGCCAGGUUCAGAAAAAUUAUUUGUAGAUGGCUUGAAUGAAGCUCAAAAAGUUACUGUAUUUUGCACUAAUAAAUAUGUAGGUGUUUUGUGGCGUUGUCUGGACAACUUUGACAAAUUUGAAUGAUUAAUAAAGAAAAGUUAAUAAAUCGUAUUGUAAAUUAA